CUUGUUUCCCUCCUCUCCUCUCCCUCCAGCUUUAAAACAGUGAAACAGCCCUUUGAAGAGGAAGAGAAGGGGGGGCAGUCCUUCAUCCCAUCCAGCCUGGACUGUGAGCAGCGUUCAGUGUGCCGAAGCUCACCCAGAAAGCAGACACACAACCCAGAGAGCCAGCUGAGGAGCUGACAGAGCUGACAGAGCUCAGGCAUGAACGACAUCAAGCUGGCCCUGCUGGGAAGCCAGGGGGCUGGGAAGUCAGCUGUCCUUGUGCGGUUCCUGACCAGGCGCUUCAUCGGAGAAUAUGCCUCCAACGCCAAUUCCCUUUACCAUAAGAGGCUGUCAAUUGAUGGCAGGCAGCUGAAUCUGGAAGUUUUUGACCCCUGCUCUCAGAGCUCAGAGGCCAGGUGUAUACUGGAGGAGCCGGUGGACUGGGCCGACGGCUUUGUGGUGGUGUACAACAUCAGCGACCGCACUUCCUUCAUCGACGCCAAGGACAUCCUACGGCAGAUUCGGGAGGCGCGCAUGGAGAACUGCAAAGGGGAGGUGGAGGUUCCCGUCUGUCUGGUGGGGAACAAGCAGGACCUGUGUCACGCCCGGCAGGUGCGUGAAGAUGAGGGCCGCUGCCUGGCUCAGGAGAACCGCUGUCACUUCCAGGAGGUCUCGGCCGCCGAGAGCUACCAAGACAUCGCCAACCUCUUCACCCAGCUCAUCCGGCAGGUGAUGGAGCACCUCAAGUACAGAGCUGACCGGCGGCGCUACAGCGGCUCCAAGUCCAUGGCCAAGCUCAUCAACAAUGUGUUUGGCAAGAGGAGGAAGUCAGUGUGAAGGUCACAGUGGAGCCAGCUGGAGGAACUGGGAUGGUGUGUGUGUGGACCCAUGUUAAAGGGAACUGGUCAAGAAGUUAUACAUGCUGGAAACUGUUUUAAUACAGCGGUUCAAACAUUAACCUCAUGUUCACAAUGUGAGCAACAUGUUGGUGGGAAGGCGUCAAAAUGUAGAGACAAAUAUUAUUCUUUUCCACAUCCUUGUCAACUUUUGUACCUUUUGUUGCUUUGGUUUUUCCUCCUAUGUGUUUCCCUGCUUUGAGCGAACAAAACUAUUAGAAAGGACUAAUUAUGUUGUGAUUAAAACAAAGCAGGAUAUUGUUGAUGAGAAAACAAAAUUAAGUUUUUAUUUAAACUUUUCUCAAAAAUACUUCUCUUGUCACAACUUACAAAAACACAUAUCGGCACUAGAACAAUUCCAGUUCUACGGAAGCAUGUUAGGGCCAUUGUAGGUAAAGAAAAAAUUCAGAGCCGGGGGAGGGUGGUAAUAUUCUGAGAAAAAAAUUGUAAAUUUACGAGAAAAAAACUCAUCAUAAAGUCAUAAAUUUACAAGGAAAAAACUUGAAUAUUCUCUGAGAAUAAAGUGACACAUUUAUGAGAAAAGAAAUCACAAAUUUGUGUGAUUAUAAAGUCUUAAAUAAUGAGAAAAAAAUCUGAAAAAUAGUGGAGUGCAAAACCGUGAUAAAAAAUAUAUAUUUUUUUGUUAAGUAACCACAUUGGUCCUAAAACACCAUCAUAAGUUUCAGUAUCAAUACCACAUAUACCUUUUUUGAUACAUAAUUUUAGGUAAUAAUUACAAGAUUUUAUACUUAUUCUGGCUCAUAAGAGCUCUGCUCAGGUUGAAGUUGGAUGGAGUGACGUUGGUAAUUAUGGGAAGUCAUUAUGUACCAAUAAAGGAAGGAGAAAAGGGUAAAUUGUCCCCCCUAUGGGCAACAAAGCUGUGAGGGGAGGCACAGGUGUACCUAUGGCCUUUCAUAAAACAAGUCAAAUUUCUCAAAUACAAGCAAAGCUAUACAUAAGUGUGUCCUAAAAAUGAUGUCUAAACUCUGUAAAUAUCUUCUCAAAGAGCACAUAAUCAAUAAGAGUGCAACUAAUCAUGCAGUGCCAACGUUCAUUAUAUACUUUCGAUGCAAGACACUGUUUGUUCCAACAGAUGCUCAGAAAACAGCAAACCUUAUACUGUUGACAUCAACAGCUACUUUCCAAGCAGCAUCAUUUCUGGCUCGUUUAUCGCUGCAGUUUUUCCACAUGAAACCUCAGACUCCUAUCAGACCGGGAAGCUUUGAUUGGCUGUAAUCAGCUUUCUCCUCUGUCUCUCUCACUCAUCAAACUGUUCAUCAUUAAAUGUAAUCACAACACGGAGGAAUGGAAGUCUGAUGAGCUGCUGAUUUGCUAGUGACGGUGAAAUGUUUUUCUCCCCUGAAACUCCCUCAUCAAUGUGCUCACAUUGUGAACUCACUGGUUACUAACCGUCUCUGCUGUUGGAUGUUACGUUAAGCAUCUCUGUCAUUAGUUUAAGCAAAAGUACCAUUACUGUUAAAACUGCCUUUCUGCAUCGUAAUGUGGGGAUAACACUUCUUCAGUCCAGUGUUGUUGUGCAGCAGGUUUUAUAAUGUUUUAGGAGGGAAAAACAGCUUGAUGCAUUUUACAUGUUAUUAUUUGUUCAUAUUAAUGCUACUCUUUGGAAGCCAUACUGUUUGUUUACAGUUGAUUAUUAUACUGUUGGUUGUAAUAUGUCAUACUCUCUCUACUUAUAUUGACAUAUGGUAUAUCAUUUAAAUCCAUCGCCUAUACAAUAAUGUGUGUAACCAUUUAAUCUGAUAUAUUGUGCAUAUUAAUUUCUAAAUUUAAUCAUAAUUGUAUUUAUUUGGUCUGAAAAAUAUCUUGAAGAUGAACUCACAACUUUCAAAGUUUAAACACUAACAUGCCAACUAUAAGGUCGUGAACUCAUUCAAUGCUGUGCUGUUGUUCUUCCUAAAUCCAGUUAUGUCACCACGAUGCUGUUAAGAAAAAAAUGUACCACCCAAAAAAAAAUAAGUUCACGUGUGCAGCGUUUUUGUAGAUGAAAGUUCCUUUUGUAAAUACUGUAAAAACAUCUGCUGCUCCGGAGGAAAUUAAAGUUUAACAUUGCU